GCAGAUGCACCGUUUCCCCUCGCGCCGCUGUUCCAGCUGCUGCUGCCGCUGCCAGGCCGCCGGUGUCUGUGUGAGAUCCUUCCUGCCCGUAGUCUACCCUAUUCAAUGUAGCUAAAACCAUGACAGGCAUCGCCGCUGCCUCCUUCUUCUCCAACACCUGCAGGUUCGGGGGCUGUGGACUUCAUUUCGAAUCCUUGGCCGAACUCAUCGUGCACAUCGAGGAUAACCAUAUCGACACAGACCCUCGGGUGUUAGAAAAACAGGAACUGCAGCAGCCCACCUAUGUGGCCCUCAGCUACAUCAACAGGUUUAUGACGGAUGCAGCACGCCGUGAGCAGGAGACGCUGAAGAAGAAGAUCCAGCCCAAACUGUCGCUGUCUCUGACGGGCAGCGUGUCCCGGAACAGCGUAUCCACCCCCCCACGGCACAGCAGUGGCAGCCUGACCCCACCCGUCACUCCACCCAUCACCCCCUCCUCCUCUUUCCGUAGCAGUACUCCUACAGGUAGCGAGUAUGACGAGGAGGAGGUGGAUUACGAGGAGUCGGACAGUGACGAGUCCUGGACCACCGAAAGUGCCAUUAGCUCCGAGGCCAUCCUCAGCUCCAUGUGCAUGAACGGGGGCGACGAGAAGCCCUUCGCCUGCCCCGUCCCCGGCUGCAAAAAGAGAUACAAGAAUGUGAAUGGUAUCAAGUACCACGCCAAGAAUGGGCACCGAACCCAGAUCCGAGUGCGCAAGCCCUUCAAGUGCCGCUGUGGCAAGAGCUACAAGACAUCUCAGGGCCUCCGCCACCACACCAUCAACUUCCACCCGCCUGUGUCUGCUGACAUCAUCCGCAAGAUGCAGCAGUAGAGCCAGUUGCAGUGCCAACCACCCCUUUUACACUACACUACACAAUUCUUUCAUUGCAUGCUUUAAUUACUUUAUUUUUUUUCUCCUGUAUUUUGGAAUGAUGUAUCUUUGUAGAGUUCACGGUUUUUGUACGUUUGCACAUUCAUACCUAUCGUACUUAUUUUUCGUUACUUUUGAUAUAUGGUGCUAAUUGUGAAAAACAAAAAAAAUUGAUAGAAGUUGAAAAGGAAAGAGCUGAACUGGGAUGGGCUAGAUGCAGAGUGAGCACGCUCUCUUCGUUCGUGUUAGGGCAGGGCGUAUUCGUGGAGCAGGGCGUGUGUAGGACAGUGAGUGACCACGAUCUCCUGGUCCAUGUUUGGUCAGGAGCAGGGCUUACACGUGGAGCAGGGCGUGUGUAGGACAGUGAGUGACCACGCUCUCCCGGUCCUUGUUUGGUCAGGAGCAGGGCGUAUAUGUGGAGCAGGGCGUGUGUAGGACAGUGAGUGACCACGCUCUCCCGGUCCUUGUUUGGUCAGGAGCAGGGCGAAUACGUGGAGCAGGGCGUGUGUAGGACAGUGAGUGACCACGCUCUCCCGGUCCAUGUUUGGUCAGGAGCAGGGCGUAGUCGUGGAGCAGGGCGUGUGUAGGACAGUGAGUGACCACGCUCUCCCGGUCCUUGUUUGGUCAGGAGCAGGGCGUAUAUGUGGAGCAGGGCGUGUGUAGGACAGUGAGUGACCACGCUCUCCCGGUCCAUGUUUGGUCAGGAGCAGGGCUUACACGUGGAGCAGGGCGUGUGUAGGACAGUGAGUGACCACGCUCUCCCGGUCCAUGUUUGGUCAGGAGCAGGGCUUACAUGUGGAGCAGGGCGUGUGUAGGACAGUGAGUGACCAUGCUCUCCCGGUCCAAGUUUGGUCAGGAGCAGGGCUUACACGUGGAGCAGGGCGUGUGUAGGACAGUGAGUGACCACGCUCUCCCGGUCCAUGUUUGGUCAGGAGCAGGGCGUAUACGUGCAGCAGGGCGUGUGUAGGACAGUGAGUGACCACGCUCUCCCGGUCCAUGUUUGGUCAGGAGCAGGGCGUAUACGUGGAGCAGGGUGUGAGUAGGACAGAAUGAGUGUGUUCUGGAUGGGAGCUCAUGGAAAGCCGUGUAAUGGUUGUGAAGUGGGUCUAUGUGUGUGUUCAUUUGGACUCCCGGAAACCAAACCAACGUUAUUGGUUAAAAUCAGCAGGUCACUGAACACGAUCAUACACAAACACCCAUUUUGGGGUUCAUGAAGCCUCCCUCUCACAUUGCUGGUUAUUAGAUCUCUCGUGAGAAAAUCCUUCUCUGCCAAGACUCCACCAUUCCAAUGCAGUGCAUCAAUGGAGUUAAACUUUAAAGUUAAAGUUUAGCAAAAAAGGAAAAUAACUGAAUGUUUGUAAUAUAAUAUGGAAUAUUACCUGCUAUAUAAAAAAACGUAGAUAUAUAUGUAUAUAUACACUUUCAUAAUCAAAAAAGUUAUUCUUUAUUUCCAAGUUUUAUUUUUUACUGUAUUUCGCUUUUAAGACUAUGUUUGAGAGAGUUAAGGUUGAAAGAUUGCUUUGAUAUUAUUGAGUUCGGUUUUUUCUCUUCAGGCCCAGCUGACUUAGUUAUGUUAACGCCAAACAAAAGAUCUCAGGUCAACAUUCGCCAGCGUUUCAAAACCGUAAUCCUGCCCAGAUAUUCCCACAGUAUUUAGCCUGAGCUGUUCCAGUUAGCCUUUGGACUCUGACUGGAGUCACCGUCUCCAGACCCCAUCCUGAGGCAAUGGAAUGGUGUCCUUCAUCACCUGGGUGAAGUAUUUAAGCACUUUGUAGUAACCAGUUGCCAACAAGAGUUUGGAUGCUCCUCGUCGCCAAUCUCUCCAGACUGCUGCACGCUUGCAUGCCUGCGGUCGUGGAGAAGAGUCAAUGAAACCGAUCAUUACUGUAGAGGUACUAGUUAUCAAGGGAAAUUUUUUCACCACGCCUUGUGUUUUUUUUUUUUCUUGUACGUUGUGAGUCUGUAUGAUCUCCGAUUGCCUUGUAUUGUAGAUCACAGCAUUCCAGUAUAUUAUGCCUGUGUAGCUUCAUGGUGAAAUAUCUAGUAUGAUUAUUAUCGAUAGUAUUGUAAACAUUUCUUGCAGUGCUGGUAUGUAUUAUUGAGAAAGCUCUGCCCCACACUGUGUUACCAUCAGCACAGCCUCCAUUCAGACCCAGGGGUCACCACAGCUGCCCCUGUGUGUUCUGCUCUUAAGGUACAUGUUUUUUAUGGAUGUGGCUCACCUGCCAUGACCACAUCCACAAUGGAGAGGGAAAAUCUUGUUACAGCGUAUUGAAAAUGGGCUAAAAAAUGAAACAAAAGUAUUGUUCAGGCAUUCCAGAGACAGUUUGUCCCUCUGUUUUUGACCAAUCUUGGAGGAUGUAGGAGACAGCUGUCAAUAGCAUUUUGACUUUCUUUCAUUUCUGUGCAGAUCAGUCUGGAGCACAGUCAUGCCAUCACUGCAUGGAUUUGAAUAUUGUAAUGGAGUUACAGUUUAUAUUUAGCUUAACAUUGUGACAGUAUUAUACAGCAGGUAUGGAGGGGACUAUUUUGAUAUAUUGUGUAUAGUGAAUGUAUCGUCAUGUGUCUGUGUAAGUGCUUUAAAUUAUAUUUUCGUAUGUCUGUGGACAACAACGUUCCCAAUGUGUAUGAAGGCAAACUGAGGUCAUGUUUUGGAACUGAAGGUGAUUUACUAUGUCAAACUUGCUUUAAAAAAAGCUGCUUCAUAAAUGUAAAUCUGAUUACAUUUUAAAGAUUAAAAAUGCUUCUGCUC